ACGAUUAAAUAAAAAAGUUAAGUCAAGUAGUUACGAUUAUUAAUACGUAUUAUUAUUUAUUAAUUUGUCGAUUAUUUAAAAGAAACAAAAAACACGAAAAAAGAAAAGAAAGAAAGAAAUGAAAAAUACGAAAUCAUGCGAGUUUUCUUUAUCGAUAUUAUAACCGAUCGAUAUCGUUAGAAAAUCACUAUUUAAAAUCUUCACAUUGAACUGAAGUGAGCAAUGAAAGAGAUUCUCAGUAAAAUUUAUAACCUCCUUUCGAACAUUUAUUUAUUAUAAGUUUCUGCAAAGUAUUAACAUUUAAAUCGUACGAUUUAAUAUUGUUCAAGAAAUUUCUAAACUUAUUAUUUGUUAUUGCAACUGUAGUAGUACGUAAUUUGAAUAAUUUUAUACAAUGUUAUGUUAUAUUACAUAUAAACUUUUCUAAGAAUAAUAGAAUAUGGGAAACUGGCAGUUAGAAAUUUUUAAAAUGUCAUUAUAUAUGGCCUUUCCCGUAAUAAUGUUUCAUUAUUUUAAUCAACCAGAAAAUUUCGAACAAUGGGUGACAAAAGUAAGAAAUGAAUAUUAUCCUAAAGACGAUAAGGAGCAACGUAGGAUUAUAGAAGAAUCUAUCAGAAAUCAUAAUGAAAAAAUAGAACGAAAACAAUUGGAACUUAUGGAACGUACACUUAACAAGAAUAUUUAAUAAAAUAAGAAUUAUUGUAUAAUAUAUGUUUAGUGUCUUAAAUAUAUGUGUGCGUAUAUGUGUA